AUGUCGAAUGGAUUCUCGAGCCAUUGGCAUAAGCUGUAUAGUAAGAUCGAGGAGACGCCUGAUGAGCUUGAGUACUGGGAGGAUCUGGUUGAACAUGUGGAGUCGGACGAGUUUGGUAUCUCGCGAGGGUCAGAUGAGGAUGUUUUUAAACUUUUUCGUUUUAGCUUUGACGGGCUGCUAGAGAAGUACCCGCUUUUGUUUGGAUACUGGAUCAGAUACGCCGAGCAGGAAUUUCAGCUUGGUAAUACAGAAAGGUCGGGUCUGGUGUAUGAACGAGCAGUGGCUGCUUGUCCUUAUAGCGUUGAUUUAUGGGUUCGAUACUGUCAAUUCUGUAUUGAUACGUUUGUACGAGAUGAGAGUAGAGUCAGACUGGUUUUUGAACGAGCAAUUGAGCUUGUUGGAAGCCAUUUCUUGAGCCACAGUCUGUGGGACCUGUACCUCAAUUACGAGGAGAAUAUCAUGGAAUCUCCUAAAGAAGUUAUUUAUAAGAUCCUGGCACACAUUGUGACGCUUCCUAUUCACCAGUACUCGCGGUAUUUUGCGAGAUACAGACUGUUGACGCCGAAUAUUUCAGUCGAGCUGACGGCCCCAGAGCAUGUCAUUGAACAGUUUCGUGCUGAGUAUGAGUUAGAGCUCGAGGAGGAGAAACUGGCUCGUGAGGCAGAUAAAUCAAGAGUUUCUAGUGGUCCAGCGAGUAAAAAAGAGCACCCUGUUGCUAGUACAAAUAGCGGUUCAAAGACUGCUAAUUCUGGUGGCUCUGGUGACUCUGGUGGUGCUGUUGCUGGUGCUGGUGUAACGGACGAUAUGGACGAUGAUGAGAACUUGUAUGGCGAUGAUAACGCUGAAGAAGACAAAAAGGACUCGAGCAAGUCUAGUAGAUCGAGAAAAUCAGGUGUUUCAGAUCAACCAAAGGCCGAAACUACCACCAAUCUACCCGGGUUAGCUGCACUUCCUGGGCUGCCAGGACUGUCAGUUCCUACUGGACCAGCCAACCAGCGUGGAAAUACCCCUACUACCAAAACAUACCAUUCACAACCCAAUGCUUCUGUGAAUGGCGGUUCACCACUUAGAAACCCGAAAGAAGACCUACGAAUGAGGGUGUCUGAAUACCACCUUCGACUGUAUAAAGAAACACAGCUCGAGGUGAGUAAAAGAUUCACUUACGAGUCUCAAAUCACAAGACAUUAUUUCCACGUCGCGUUUGUAGACGAAUCUCAGCGUGUGAACUGGAACCGGUACCUUGAUUUCGAGGAAAUCGAGGGCCAUGAAGACAGAAUCAUGUUAUUAUAUGAACGAGCAUUAAUCCCGCUGGGUCUCGACGAAUCACUAUGGUUUCGAUACGUGCGAUGGCUAAUAGGAACUGGCAAGACUGACGAGGCGAUCAAUACACUCCAUCGAGCAUGUCUGAUUCUACCAAUUGGCCGACCCGAUAUACGAUACUACUUCGCUACCGUGCUACUCUCACAAGAUCUGUAUGCCGAAGCACAGGCCCUCGUACAUUCCGUGUUACAAGCAUUCCCAUCAAUUAAAGCCAUUAAUUUAUUAACCAGCAUCAUCAUCAAGACCAACGGCCUCGACCAAGCUAUAGACUAUCUCAAGAGCACGCUGGAAUCACUCGACAGCAGUGGUAACGCCAGCAAUCCAGAAGACGACGACACGCUGUAUCCUGUCGGAAUCAUCAAACUGAUCUCUGACCUGUACACCAACUCCGACCGUAUCGAUGAAGCCAGGUCGUUGUUUGAAAUGUACUCAUCCACAUACUCACUCUCACCCACCUUCUGGCGAUAUUACAUGACUUUCGAACUGACACAAGCACCCACCGUUCAAACGGCCGGGCCCGACCCAGCGUCUGCCCUGCUCCUCAACAUCCAAACGAGCGGGCUCAGCAAACCCGACACCAAAACCCUCAUGCAAAUGUACAUGACCCACCUCCUAACGACCAGCACCAAACCCAGUGCCGUCGCCGAGUACAUGUCGCUCGACCGUAGUAUAUACAAACACUAG